CCGUCUGUUCCCCAUCCUCACACCCCACGCCACACCCUCCCGAUCCCCUCGCGUCCCCAUACUUGUUCCUCCGGCUGCGCAGUCGAAGAUGUCGACGUGCGCGGCGGACCUGGCGCCGCUGCUGGGCUCGGCGGCGGCGAACGCGACGGACUACCUCUGCGGGCAGUUCGCAGACACGGCCUCGGCGGUGAACACUACGUACCUGCUCUUCUCCGCCUACCUCGUCUUCGCCAUGCAGCUCGGGUUCGCCAUGCUCUGCGCGGGCUCCGUCCGCGCCAAGAACACCAUGAACAUCAUGCUCACCAACGUGCUCGACGCCGCGGCCGGGGCGCUCUUCUACUACCUCUUCGGCUUCGCCUUCGCCUUCGGGACGCCCUCCAACGGCUUCAUUGGGAAGCAGUUCUUCGGUCUCAAGCACAUGCCCAAGACCGGCUUCAACUACGACUUCUUCCUGUACCAGUGGGCCUUCGCCAUCGCCGCCGCGGGCAUCACGUCGGGGUCCAUCGCCGAGAGGACGCAGUUCGUCGCGUACCUCAUCUACUCGGCGUUCCUCACGGGAUUCGUCUACCCGGUGGUGUCCCACUGGAUCUGGUCCGCCGACGGGUGGGCCUCCGCGAGCCGCACGUCCGGCCCGCUGCUUUUCGGAUCCGGCGUCAUCGACUUCGCCGGCUCCGGCGUCGUGCACAUGGUCGGCGGCGUCGCCGGGCUAUGGGGAGCGCUCAUCGAGGGGCCCCGCAUCGGACGCUUCGACCACGCCGGCCGCUCGGUGGCGCUCAAGGGCCACAGCGCGUCGCUUGUCGUGCUCGGCACCUUCCUGCUGUGGUUCGGGUGGUACGGGUUCAACCCUGGGUCCUUCACCACCAUCCUCAAGUCCUACGGCCCCGCCGGGAGCAUCCACGGGCAGUGGUCGGCCGUGGGCCGCACCGCCGUGACGACGACGCUGGCCGGCAGCGUGGCGGCGCUCACCACGCUGUUCGGGAAGCGGCUCCAGACGGGACACUGGAACGUGGUGGACGUCUGCAACGGGCUGCUCGGCGGGUUCGCGGCCAUCACCGCCGGGUGCAGCGUGGUCGACCCGUGGGCGGCCGUCAUCUGCGGGUUCGUCUCCGCGUGGGUGCUCAUCGGGGCGAACGCGCUCGCCGCGCGCUUCAGGUUCGACGACCCGCUCGAGGCCGCGCAGCUCCACGGCGGUUGCGGCGCGUGGGGGAUCAUCUUCACGGCGCUCUUCGCGAGUAAGAAGUACGUGGAGGAGAUCUACGGCGCCGGCAGGCCGUACGGGCUGUUCAUGGGCGGCGGCGGCCAGCUGCUCGCCGCGCACGUCAUUCAGAUCCUUGUCAUCUUCGGGUGGGUUAGCUGCACCAUGGGCCCGCUCUUCUACGCGCUCAAGAAGCUCGACCUGCUGCGCAUCUCGGCUGACGACGAGACGGCCGGCAUGGACCUGACCCGGCACGGUGGGUUCGCUUACGUCUACCACGACGAGGACCCCGGCGACAGGGCAGGGGUUGGUGCGUUCAUGCUCAAGUCCGCGCAGACCCGUGUGGAGCCGGCGGCGGCGGUGACCAGCAACCAGGUGUAAAAUCAAGAAGAAAUCACGUGCUUGCCUUUUCCUGCCAUUGCGUCAAAUUUGAUCUCGAAUCCGCCGGUACUGUUUGGGCCAAUUCUUUGCCACUUCGCUGUUGCAAGAUUGUAAAACAAGAGUAGGACGACGGAGCUCAAGUACUUGCUUUGGUUGGGGUUCUUGUGUACAUGCUCGGUUUAGAGUGUCCCGUAUAUUGUGGAUGGAAUGGGUAGGGGCGUAGGGCUAGGGUUUUCUUUGCUAAUAAUGUUGUUAUUCUUGUGGUGGGAUCUUAUGAUCAGAAGGUGUGGCAGGCUGCUGCUGCUGGUCAAGAUAGGUGGCUCCUGAGGGUUGAAGCAGCUGCCUUUGUCUUGUGGUCUCUGCCCCUCCAUCAAUACUUUGGCGUGUAACUGGAAUCUGUGGAUUUGGGGUGUUCCUUUUAUAUAGAGCACAUGAUUAUUUUUAUAUUAUUCUGGUAAAAAUAAUAUCAUAUUUCAAUUUUUUUACUGGAUCA